UUUUUGAAAAUAGAUUCAUGAUGGGCUAUGAUGGCUAUGCUGGCGGGGGGCUUUUACGUGGUAGAAGUGGGUAUUGUUCUGAUAGCUGUGAAAACACUCUACUCUACCCUUAUAGCCGUCCUUUUUUUUCCAAUUUUAGCAGACACCGCAAAAAACUUACAUAAGCACCAAGCAACACUAGUUCUCGCACCUGGAAAACGAAUAUGGAAAGGUGUGAACUACGUUGUUUGAAAUGUAUUACCAUUCCCUUCUUAGACAUUCGUCCGAAUGUAAAUUAGUAAACGUUUUUGGGCGUGGCUUCUGGAGAAGUUUUUUCGCCACCGGCGGGCUGUUCACCCCCCCUCAUAAAUGCCGGUGCAUGAACAUCAGCACCCACGAGGUUUUCUGAAACCCGGCGCCCCUGAUUCCGUUCCAAAACCGUUGUAUGUGAGUCCACUUGCCAAAAAGUCGUGUAGUGUGUGGUGAAAAUAGACUGACGACGUUGUUAAUCGCGACUAUGAAAACCGUGUAGUGUGUGGGGCCCUUAACGGUUUGAAGGGUUGUAGGAACUUCGCACUCUGCACCCAAAAGCGGCUCAUAUCGAUAAUUCUGUCCUCUGUUAGGAUACGGUGUCAAUGUUGUACCUACUAUUUCUGACAUAGAGUUUGUCUGCAGAUUAUGUGAAUGUGCUUGUUAAGAAAAUACAUACAAUAUUUAUAAGUUUAAUCAAUAUUUCUUGGGUAACUUAAGGUUUUAUGCUAGAGCUUAGGGAAAGAGCUACGUUUCAAGAAAGGACCUGGUGGCGACAUCUAUUAAAUAAACCUCAAUUUACAUUAGUAAAAGAUAUUACAGAAAGCAAUACAAGAAGCGAAUUUUGAUCGAGGUCCCAUCUAUCAGCAUUAUUUGCUGUAACAGUACUGUGGCCAUUAUAAACCGACCAAAAAUCAGUUUGUUUAAAAAAAAAACCAAGUUUCCUCCUAUUAUACACUGAUGUGAUUACAGAAAACUGUAGUUCUUCUUGUGUAAUACCAGUACCCUCUAUGCUCCAUCAUGAAAACUGUCUAUUGACAUAUUUAUCCACGUGGUUGUUUGUAUUUUUUUGAAUUUGAUUUUCAAAUUAAAUAAUAUACAAUGAUAAUACUUAUGCCACAAGAAUUCCUUAUGCAUUAAAAUACAAUUAGAUGCGUCUUGGAACAAUAAUUAGCGUUAAGCAAUAGGUUGGGAAACUUCUUCAACAUUACUCAAUCAAUAUAUUUUAAGUACUCUUAUCUCAAGACUUAAAAAUGAUAAUAAAAUAAUAUUUCUUUAAUAAUAUUAGUGUUUGAAAAUGGUUGACAAAGAAGAAACCUUAAGUUCAAAUCAUAGUCACAUUAGGGACGGUAUUAUUGACUUUACAGCAGGAUGUUUAGGCGGUAUAGCAUUGGUAUACGUUGGCCAGCCUCUGGAUACUGUAAAAGUAAAAAUGCAAACCUUCCCUUUACUCUACACAAACACGAUAGAUUGCUUUAAAAGAACCUACUUACAAGAUGGCAUUAUAAGAGGCCUUUACGCUGGCACUGUGCCUGCUUUAGCAACCAACGUGAUGGAGAAUGCUGUUUUGUUUCUGUGCUACGGCUUUUGCCAGAAAAUAAUUAUCAAUGCCUCAGGAGCGAAUUCAGCAGAAGAUCUCAGCGUGCUCUCUAACGCCUGGGCAGGAUUCCUAGCUUCGUUUUUCUCAUCUAUAGCAAUUACGCCCACUGAACUGAUCAAAUGUAAAUUGCAAGCCAUGCACGAAGUUAAUAAUGCGCAAAGUAGCAAAAACAUUAAAUACAUUGGACCACUGACUUUGACUAAGCAAAUAAUAAAAAACGAAGGCACUAAAGGGUUGUUUAGAGGUCUAGUGCCCACUUUAGCCCGCGAAAUGCCCGGAUACUUUUUCUUUUUCGGUGGCUACGAAGGCACUAGAGAAUUGUUGCGCAAGCCCCACCAGAAAAAGGAAGACUUGGGCCUGUGGAAAACCAUGGUGGCAGGCGGUGUGGGAGGUAGCGUGUUUUGGACGACGACUUUUCCUUUUGAUGUAGCAAAAUCACGCAUACAAGUCAAUAACACUACUGACAAUUUAUGGGUAACCAUUUCGAAGAUUGCCCAAAAGGAAGGAGUUUCUGCUUUGUAUAAAGGUCUAACUCCCACCUUGAUUAGAACGAUACCUGCUACUGCCACACUUUUCGCCACUGUGGAGUAUUCAAAAAAGUUUUUUAACUAUGUAUUUUGAUUUUGUUUUAUUUUAUAAUAAAUUUAUUGAACCUUACAUCUAAUUUUUCCACUUUCUUUUCCUUAGCAAUUUGAGUUGUUUGAGAUCUGUUGCAAAAUUCACUCAGUAAUUGAUUCUGAACUCAAACCUGGUUGGUCUAAAGAGAAAAAUAUAUUAAGAGAGUAAAAAUGGCCCGAUGAGGUGUAACAGUGAAGAAGUCCACUGCUCAAAAAAACAUUGAAGGCAACUCCUUGAAAAAUGUGUCGAGAUCAGCCAGCAAUCCAUCACUAUCAAAAAUAAGGAUAUUUCUAAUUUUUAAGAUAGCCUGUACGUUUACCUGACUGUUAUUUAAGACGAAAUAUAAUAAUA